UCGGCUUCUUCUACUCUGCCAUUAGACGUCGUCGAAUUAGUGUCGUUUGAACAUUCUCCGUGAACCCGCCUCGAACUCGAUCGCGAGCUGCGCAUCCGGUAUAAUCGAGCGUCGAAUACACGGCGGUAAAAUCAUCGCGAUCACACCUCACGGACUCUUUUCCCACGCUCGAUCGUGGGCGCCUUUUCUCGACCGUCUGACUUCGCAUCCGCGCUAUUUUGCUUCCUGACCUACUAAACUGCCAGUCUACAUUACGUUCGCAGUGUCUGUAUAUGUUAUGCAAGACUGAAUUAUUAAUUCGCGUGAUUGAGAUAAAUACGGGAUAUGAAGGGGAGAGGAAAUUGAGGCUGAAAUAUUCUUUUUCGUGAAAGUCAUCAUUUAAGAGUCUUCCAGCCUGACUUCGUAAUCCGGUGGUUGGCCGGUUCAUUUAGUGCUUUUCAACUGGACGUAGCGGGGAAAAAGCUCUAGGAAAAACAUCGACGAAAGGACUUCAGGCGGAAUCAGCGCGACGCUGCGAAGUGCGAAUUAACGAUCCGUCUUCCCGACUGUGCGCUUUGUUAAACAACGACAAACUGACUCCGCUAACAUCUCGAACCGAUGUACGGAGCACGUCGUAAUCGGCGAUUUUAUCGCCGCGAGAGAAUAUACCCUUGCUCGCGCGAGUGACAGUUUGCGAAAGGCGACAGCGAUUUCGCGACGUGACCGUCGCGAGAAGGACAAUGACGGAGAACGUGUACAUCAUCAAAGUGAAGACGAAACCGCCGUUGUCGUCCCUGUACCCGUCGGAGCGUCGCUACUCGGCGUCGACGGUAGGCGGCCUGUCCUUGGUUCACUUCGGCCUCGGCGCGUUGUCCCUCCUCUUGGGCACCCUCGCCUUGUCUCUGCAAGGCCCGAUCUUGUCCGUUGCGUGUCUGGUGCCGUUCGUGACGGGCCUGCUCGCUUGGCGGCGUUGGUACAUCGACCGGAACAUCGCGAUUUUCUUCUACGGCAGCCUAUUCUCCCUCGUUGCGGCGAUCCUCUGCCUCGUCGUCACGAUCUUCGACGUCGCGGCCGCAUCGACCGGCACCACCGGCAGGUCCCUGUGGCCGUUGGAGGAAAUCUUCGACGCUCCGCGUUACUCCCCGCAUCCUCUCGAGAAGCCCGCAAACGAUACUCGUGCGAACGAUAUUGCAUCGUUGUUUAAGGACAACCUGUUCAAUACCACUGACGAUCGUGGCUUCUUGAAAAUCGACGGGAACGGCGCAACUUCUUCCGAGCUCGAUGAAUUUGAUCUCCACGCCAGGAACGGCGGCUACAACGAUCUCAAAGCGGGAGCGACCUUCACGUUGGUGGAAAAGGCUAUCGUCUCCAAGGAAAUCUUCCAGAACGAAGGCGCGGCAAAUGUCACGCAAGGAUCACCCGUGGGCUUGAAGAGAGAAGGGACUCUUUGGCGCAGUCAAUACGAAAACUCGUCGCACGCCAAGGUGCUGCUGACGUUGAACGUCCUCGUGGCGUCUCUCCUGGAGGUCUUCUGGUCGCUACUCAGCGCGAAAAUCGCUUUCCGCGGGAUGAUGAACCGCCUGCCGGAGAAUAGCAACGCCGUCGCCGGCUCGAAGACGACGAGAUCACAGUUGCAGAAGAGGAAACCCCCGGCGCCCAGACCGGACAUCCUUGACCACGACCGUCGGCUGUCGGAGACUCUGCAGGGCUUCACCGGCUUGCAGUGCCUCGCCGGACCGCGACUACCCUUGCCGGAAUCUAACAGGGAAUUUCAAGAGAGGGUCGAGAGGUUCCUGGCUAAUCAAGCGAUGCAUCGAACUGUCGAGGGCAUUUGAAGGCUCCAAGGCGAGAGAAAUGAUUUUUCGACUAUGGCCCAGGCUUGAUGGUUAAUUACCGAAUCUUCUUUCAGUAAAUACUUUCAACAAAUAGGAGGGUAAUACUCGAUACCUUUUCUCUGUUUCUGGUGUCUCUUUUUCGAUGGAUGUUAUAAUUAUGUGGUGAUCCGAAUCCUGUAUACUCUGUACACUUUGCUGUUCGUUAAUUAUCUCAUACUCCAAAUAUGAAUGUACAUAUAUCGCGUAUUCGAUUCGUGGAAGUAUAAAGUUGUGUAAUUUCCACGUAUAUGUUCUUUUUACACCGCGUUUACCGCGGCGACGUGAAGUGACGAACGGUCGGUUUGCACAUCGCCACAGCGUGUACUUAACGCGAGUGCGUCGAAUAACGCAAAGUCGAAAUGGCAAACAUUGGAACGUCGGGCAAUAAACAGCGCUAAUUGUAUUCAACACAGUCAUCCGUGUUGUCGGACGUGUUUUCGCGACUCUGGUUAAUUAACAUACCAAUUAGCGCCACGGGCGGGUAAAAAUAAUCGAACAGAUGCGUUACCGUGCGUUACGGUGCGCCGUCAGAUAAGAUUACGAUACGUUACCGAACAUUAAGCGUCUCACAAUAGUUUUAACAUUUACUAGGCCUAUUGACCAUUUUUCGCGCGCAAUGAAUCGACGUAUUCGUAUAUCACGACUGCUGAUUACUCUGUGAAUCGCCGAGGAUUCUUCGAAGCAACAAUCAUAAUGCACGAAUAUGUCGAUUCAUUCACGUGUGAUCAAAAUAUUCUAUCAUCACCGGGCGUAAAUGUUCAAGCUAUUAUGGCGCUUACAGUGUGCACUCUUGCAUAAAAAACAAUACAGGGUGGUCUGUGGGAAGUUCGGGUGAACGAUGGUGGCAAACGUCACAGAACGAGUAAUGCGGGUGAAAAUUGCGCAUCGAAGGCGCGCGCGCAAAUAUUUGAAAGAAACGAAAAAUACACUGAGAGAUGAUGAGUUAUUAUUUCUCUCACGAUCGUUCGCGCCGCCGAUUACACGUAAUGCCGCGGUGCGCGCAAUAGGAUUUCGAGUAUGAUUAUCACACGUCGAAUAACUCGCGCGAUGACGCAAACUAGCAUUAUGACGCAAACAGGAUGGCGAGGCCUCGAUUUUAAGAAAAGCCGCCGCCACCGCCGCCUUGCUGUCUCGCGGUCAUCGCGCCUGGCCGUUCUUCGCAAAAUCAUCCUUUAUUUUCAAUCAUUGCCAAAUACAUUUCCAUUCGCCGGCGCGCCGGACUUACCAUAACUCGCGGCUCGUCCUUAAGGUACACUUUAUUCACUUAGACGACAUUAAGCUACCGCCCUAAAUUGACUCUUUGUCGCUUCCGGAGGAUUAUAAAAUAUGCCUUUCAUCUAUGUACGUGUUACGUUCUCGAGCGGCCGAUAACGGAAAAAAUAGACAACUGACGAGUAUUCUAACCGUCACUAUAUGUAGAUUCGAUCGAUCUCUUUUUCUCCAUCUCUCUCCUCUCUCUCUCUCUCUCCCUCUCCUUCUCUCUAUAUUGUCCUUGGUCCACCUGGAUUGUGAUUUCGAAAGCGAGUGAUCUCUCCGCGCACAACGUAACGGCGCUGCGUCCGAGAAAGAAGCGAUCCGUCAGCGAGCACCGAUUACGAUAACGCGCAAUUAUCAAACGAGAGGUUCGCGUAAUUUUGUCCUUUCUUUUCGAACGAGCGAACGCAAGUAUGAGACGGAAUUUGCGCAAAUGUGAGCGAUUCUUCGCGAAAUAAAUUAACCUUCCGGCGCGAUGCGAAUGAUUUUCGUACCGAUUUUGACGUGAGAUUCGCGAGCGGAUCUCAUUCGAACGAACACGAACAUAUCGUUUGAUCAUUGAUACCUCGGGGACGAUUAGCGGCUAUUCGGGAAUUACGACUAAACAUCUAUUCGGCAAGAAUAAAGCACGCGCUUUUGUACAUGUUCGUUUCUGUCGCAUAUCCGUGAACAACGAGGAUACCGACGUGGAACAAUCGUCGUCGUCGUCGAUCGACCGGCGAUUUUAACGAGCAACGGAUACGCGUAAAAUUCGAACGGGCGAGUAAAUGGAAUAAAAACACUAAUCGCUUAUCACUACCGCGGAGUCAAAUGUAACAAACGCUAAAUGGCAAGUAUCGGAUAAAGUGGACACGUCUCUGAUAGAACAAUCCGCCCCAUUGUUCAUUCGCGGAUACAUCACCAACAAACAAUUCAACUAUGAAACUAAUACUCUCUCUUUCUAUCACCCCACCCUGUGGGAGUGACUCCUUUUCUCUCUCUAUCUCUCUUCUUCUCAUUCUCUCUCAUUCACUCUCUCAUCACAUAUUACCUCUCGAGGCUACACUUGACACACCCUAUUAAGGUUGUUUCUCACUAUCCGUCUAGACGGUGGCAAACAAACAUCCAUCAAUCCGUGGUAAAACAUGCUUUAACGUUUUCGUAUCAGAAUAACGGCCCGGAUGACGCCGGAGAACGACAAUAUUGACGGCAAUAUGACGUCUAUUCCGUCAAUAUGCCGUCAAUGCGCUGUCCUCCGGCGUCAUUUGGCUCUAUCUGGCAGGAUACUGUGAAAAUUCCAGUAAAAGCAUUGAAGAAUGUUUUGACGGUAGUUUGACGGACUGUCACCGCUCAGACAAUGAGAAUCAACUCUUAUUCGUUAUUACGAGCAACACGCACGACAUCGCACAGUUUUAUUAGCAAAAAUACACGGGACUCGCCGAAAAUAUUUCGUCCUAUUCGCCGAUCCGCGUUUUUGCCCGACAGCCGAUCGCGCUUUAACGCAAGCGAUCUGAGGUGUGACCGCUUAAUUGCAACCAGCAGGUGCGCGCGUCUUACAAGAUUAAGUGCAAUGAGUUCCCUCGUACCUGGAUUAUCUACCGGUCGUCGCGUGUCAUUCGAGACUGCGCCGGGGCUUUUAUCGCGAGUCGUCGUGUUCGAUCGUGUUCUACUUGCGCUUUGCGUCUACUCUCCAGUUAAAUGUACAUAUAUCACACACACUCAUACACACACAUAGAUUAUGUUGAACCGACAAGUUUCCGUAAGAGAAGAACCGACGGUUCGCAGUUCGUUUCCCUUUGGUCGAGAUUCCAUUGAGCGCCACGGCUGGAAAUCGCGUUUGACGUAACCGGGCAUUUGAUAUCGCCACGGGUUAUCGGAAUCCGAAUGUGUCGUGCCAAUAAAAAAAAUCUGAAACCAUUGUAACUUUAUAGCAUUUUUCCCGUAGAAUCUGAAAAAAAUAUUUAUA